UGACUCUCAACGAAAAUGUUUAUUAGAAAACGUGAAAACAGAAAUUAUUUGAACAGUUCGUAGUAUUGGAACCUUGACCUUUGGUAGUAUCGGAACCUUGACCUGUGAUUGCUUUUUUUUUUUGUUUAAUGUGCUAAAAGAUAGUCGUUUAUUAAAAUUGUCAGCACAGUCCAACAGAUAAAGUGUGUGUGUAGUUUCAAGAAUUUCAAUGGAUUGUUACAUGGUUUGACAAAGAGGAUUAUUUUAAGAUUCUUGUUACCCUACUAAAGCAAAGGCAAGAUGGCUUCAAUUUGGAUGCUCUGUCUAAUGGUGUCAAUGUCAAGUCAAGUCACUUUGUCAGAUGUCAGUGUAGAUCCCGAGGUGUUUAUGAAGGCGACUGAACUCAUCACCAGUAAAGGAUUCCCUUGUGAGAACUAUUACAUCACUACAGAAGACGGGUACAUUCUCAAUACAUUACGUAUACCACAUGGGCGGCACAAUGGGGAUCGAAAAGGCCCGAGGCCGGUUGUAGUUCUACAGCAUGGACUGAUGGGCAGCUGUUCCAACUACCUGGACAACCUUGUAAACCAAAGCCUGGCCUACAUCCUGGCGGACGCCGGGGCUGAUGUCUGGCUAGGCAACAGUCGUGGCACUAUCUACUCAACUAACCAUACACACCUGAAUCCGAAGAAAAAAGAGUUUUGGCAAUUCAGUUGGGAUGAGAUGGCCAAGUACGACCUCCCGGCCAUGAUCAACUUCGUUCUUAACACGUCUGGAGUGGACCAGAUUUUUUACGUGGGACAUUCUCAAGGAACCACUAUUGCCUUUGCGGAGUUUGGAGAAAAUCCAGAUCUAGCUUCCCAUAUUAAACAUUUCAUAGCUAUGGCGCCCGUGGCACAAGUCUGGAACACCAAGUCACCUAUCAAGGUUUUAGCCCCCUUUGCAAAAGAUAUAGGGGUGUUUCUCCAACUGUUUGGUAGUGGUGACUUUAACGUGAGUCCAGAGAUCAUGCAGCUGCUGGCUGGGACACUGUGCAACUCUAACAAACUUCUUUGUGAGAAUAUUUUGUUUCUUCUUGGAGGCUUUGACUACACCUCUAUGAAUCAGUCGAGGGUUCCUGUCUAUGUGGCCCACAAUCCAGCAGGGACGUCAGUGAGAGACAUGUUACAUUGGGGUCAGGCCAUAAAUUCCAAAAACUUCCAGCAUUACGAUUAUGGCUCAGCUUCAGAAAAUAUGAAACAUUAUGGACAGCCAACUCCACCAUUAUAUGAUCCAAGAAAGGUCAAAGUUCCUGUAGCUAUUUUUAGAGGCGAUCAGGAUUGGCUGGCGGACCCAACAGAUGUAAAAUGGCUGCUUCCUCAGCUGAAUGUUACUCACGACGUCAAUAUUCCACAUUAUGAGCAUUUGGAUUUUAUCUGGGCAUUUGAUGCACCGACCUAUAUUUAUAGCACUAUUCUUAAAAUUGUUUUUUCAAGCUAGUCAAAACAUCAAACACUAAAUAUACUAGAGACAGACAUUUAAGAUUGUCCUAGACCAAAAUGUUCUACUGUUAUUGUUACGAAAAUAAAAUCUUGUUUUAAAAUUGUUA